AUGCCUCGUGAUCCCCUCAUUGGGCUCGUGGGCAAGCCAUCUGCCGGGAAGAGCAGCACGCUCAACAGCUUAACAGACGCUUCUUCUAAAGUUGGUGGAUUUACCACCAUUGAUCCUCAGCGAGCGAUAGGAUACCUCCAGAUUGACUGCGCAUGCGCGCGCUUCAAGCUAUCAGACAGAUGCAAGCCCAACUACGGAUCAUGCGAUGAGGGUCGACGGUCUGUGCCCAUCGAGCUUCUCGAUGUAGCUGGACUAGUACCAGGCGCACACCAAGGCCGCGGCUUGGGAAACAAAUUCUUGGACGACCUGCGACAUGCCGAUGCGCUGAUUCAUGUUGUCGAUGCGUCCGGGACAGUCGACGCCGAGGGCAAAGAGACGAGGGGCUACGACCCUUCAGUAGAUAUCGCCUGGUUGCGGAGUGAGGUUGUUGCGUGGAUCUUGGGCAAUCUCAUGUCAAAAUGGGGAGGCAUUAAACGACGACAUAUCGCAAUCAAGGCUACAGCCGUCGAGACAUUACAGAAUCAGUUCUCUGGAUAUGGAUCUACAACCGUAACUGUGCAGCGGACGCUAGAUCGCUCCGGUGUAAAAGAGCCUUUGGAAGAAUGGUCUGACGAGACGAUUGAGCACAUUGUCAACUGCUUCAUAGACGAGAAAUUCCCGACAGUCAUAGCACUCAACAAGAUUGACCACCCAGACGCGGAUAAGAACAUUGCAAAGAUUGCCAAGAUGCAGGACCCUAAUGCCGUCGUGCUCUGUUCGGCUAUUUCAGAAAUCUUUCUUAGAAAAAUGGCGAAGCAAGGAUACAUCAAAUACGUGGAGGGAAGCGAGUUUGUCGACACAAGAGAGGACCUUAUCGAGCAAGGCGACCCUACUGGCGGCGGCCUCAAAGAACUCGACGAGAAGAAUCGCAACCGGAUAGAAAACCUGAAAGACAUGGUGCUGUACCGCUUCGGUUCGACAGGAGUUGUGCAGGUGCUAUCAAAAGCGGCCGAACUGCUGGGUCUGGUACCCAUCUUCCCGGUACGGAAUACAUCAACAUUCAGCUCUGGAGCGUCAGAUUCCAAAUUUGUGUUUAGGGAUUGUGUAUUAGUUAAAAAAGGGUCUACGGUGGGCGAUGUUGCCCGCAAAGUGAUGGGCGAUGCUCCGAUUGCCUUUGUGGAAGGAAUCGGGAAUAUGAGAGUAUCUGAAGAUGACCUUGUUGCGGUAGGAAAGAAUGAUGUGAGUUUUUACAGAAUACAUGGCAAUGGGAGACAUGUUUGCUAA